CACUGGACCAUGGACUCAAGUACUGUUAUCACACACACUAACAGACAUAUGCACGCACACACACACACGCACAUUAUGUAUAAGCACACUAUCAGGAGGUAAUAUACUCACUGAGGGUAAUGCACACAUUUAGGAGACUUGAAGUGAAAAUCUUUCUCACAGUCACAUAUAAAUAUGGAUAUAACUGCACCCAUAAACGUACAUUCACUUAUGCCUAUGCAUGUAAUAGGUAUGCAUAUGUAUGGUGCAAAAGUUACACAUACACAAAGGGCAGAAAUGGUCCCUCCAGCAGCGUAUCAGUCUAAAACUGUCUCCUGUAUCAGUUGACACAUGGCUCGCUGAAGUGAAACACACACAUCUUCCACAGCAUCCUAACAUGAUCGAUACGGAUCACAUCAGAGCAGACUGAGAAUUAAAUUGAACUAAAAUGAACCAAAUUGGUCAAGAGUGAAGAGGCAGAACUCUUUCAGAGGAAUCACAGAGACCUGUCACAAAAUAACAAGAUAAAGAAUUCAUUCAGUCAUGGUGCUUUACCCAUAAAAUUCUUAUUCAGUGUCCCAGUGGGAUGAAGAGAGCAUCUCAGCGUGCACUGGGUGGAAGGCAGUGAAACUCCCAGGAUGUGGCUGACACAGAGAGAGAGAACUAUAACAGAAUUCACACCUGAAGCCACUUUAGACUCUGAAGUCCUACUGAAUACUGUGCAAAUGGAAUGCCAGGUGAAUAGAAGCUCUUUUUUGUUAGUGAGGUGACUGAUAAAUUGUGAUAGUCCAGCUCCAAAAAAAAUCAGCAACAAAGACCACAUAUUCAUAAUACCUUCAAAACAGAGUAGAAUCUCAACAGUGUAUAGGCUAGCAUAGUAUCAGAAAGCACAUUUUACACUUAAAUCUUGAGAAAUAACAUUUGUAACAGCAGAAUUGUAACCUUUUUGAAUCUUUAUAGAGUCAGAACAUCUAUCACAGUGAAAUGACUAACUAUACAUUCAUAACUGAUAAGUCAUAAAAAAGAAUAGCAAUAUAAAGAUUUAAAACUUUCUUGUUUGCUUCUGUGUCAUAUGACCUAAAGUUAUAGAGUAGAUACAGUGGUUGUGACUCCUUAUCUUCAGACCUGGCUGCUAAGAAUAUGUCCUUAUUAGUCAGGUGAUUUUGUCGUAGUUGGCCAGAAUUGUCUAAUGGUCCUGUGCACACUGUCGAAUCUAUUCAGCAUCAUACUGAAGUAAAAUCUUCAUCUGAAUUUAUAAAUUAUAUUAUUUUCUCUUUUUUGUCUGUUUAUUGUUACACUUCCAACACAUACACCAUGUAUGAGGUAAAGGUUAUAUAAAACAAGAGCUAGUGACACAAUUCCUGAUUUUCUGUAUGGCAAAGUUGAAGAGUAUCAAUAAUGACAUCACUUUAGUUUGAGUAACUUUGUCAUGGGGCUAUAACACUGAUUUAAAAAGUUUAUAAGCUGGAUUUGCAAGGUUUUGUGCAAAGUUUGUGUUAUAUACUUUAGCACCAUUUAGCAUUAGACAGCUAAUGUUUUCCUUAUAACAGUAUCGGGAAAAUUACGCAGAAAUCUGAAUAAGUAAUCCAUCACAUUGAGCAGCGCAAUUAUUUCAUUUAUUUUUCGGUUAUAUUAAUAAUGUACAAAGCAGUGGCAAUGAAAUGUCACAGUUCUAGUGUGAUGCAUUUACAGUAUUUGGUGAUAAUAGCAGAUGUUUUUUUGCAACAUUACAGCUGUUGCAAUGGGUUUAUAAGUAGGCAAAAUAUACAUGACUAUGACUGUACAAAAUCUGGUACGGCCUCUAAUGCCAGCAGCCUGCAUUAUAGGAGAUCUAGAAUUAUAUAUACAGUAGGCAUAAAAGCCAUAUAUAAUAGACCUUUGUGCCUGUAUCCCGAGAAUCUCUUUUAUGAAACACCAAUAAUGUAGUUAUUGAUGUGUCAUUGCAAAAACGGUCAAAGCUCAAGAUGGCAUUUUAAUAUCAGGAAUAUUUGAGGAGCUGAUACAGCGACAACGGGCUCUCGAGAAGACUUCACCUGUACCUAAGUCUCAAAUAUAGCACAACACCGCCCCUCAGUGUACAAAAUGCGGUCUUGCACUGUCAAAAAGAAGCCGUAGUGUGGGGAUAUAAACUGUAAUUUAGCUUGAAAAGGAAAGAGAAUGAAGAAGCUGGUGCAAUAUUAGCCGCCACGAAGAAGAAGUGGCGGAUAUGACGUCACGGCCGGCCUCUAAAACAAAUGGAGCAUAGGCUCAUCUGUUAUGAAAGCUGCUCGGCGAAAUGUUGGAUAACUGCAGUUUCCUUGCCCUUAUGCAACACCAUGUGGAAAUCUGACUGACUUCCGUUCGACUGGUUUUACUGAAAGUAAUUUUAAAAAGGUGUUUUUGAUUGAGAAAGGCUUGAGACAAGAGAGAAAGACAGCAUGGGAAAGCGGAAAGAUUGUGCAGAAACAGAGUCUGAUACAAAGAAACUGAAGCGGGUGCAGGAGGCAGAGAGCAGUGGGGCAAAAGCAAGAGGGAAGAAGAAGAAUACAGAUAAUGGUAUCACAGUGACAGAGGAGAAGCUUGAGAGAAAAGUCAAAACCAAGUCACGUUCCUCCACAAAACAUGUAGCAGGAAACGCUGCUUUCUCCACACCUGUGUCCACCUCUGCUGUCAAAGCCAGUAAAUACUUUCAGUCACCAGUAAAGGAGGAGGAGGCUGACAGUGAAGACGAUUUUGACAUGGUGACCUCAGCAGCACCUGUGGUUUCAGUGAACAUCAAGAAAGAAGAAGAGGAGGACGAGGACAGUGAGGAAGAUGAGGAUGAUUGGGAGGAGGUGGAAGAGUUGGCUGAGCCUCUGGGUCUAGUUGAACCACCAGAACCCGUCCUUCCCUCUCAGUCAGUAGAGAUAGAGAUCGAGACUCCAGAAGUCAGGAAGAAGAAGAAGAAGCAGGCAGAGUUUGAGACAUACAUGAGGCGGAUGAUGAACCGAUACAAGAAAGACCUGCUAGUAGACACACACAAGGUCCACCUUCUGUGCCUCAUAGCAAGUGGCAUGUUUCGCAACCGUCUGUGCGGUGACCCAGAUUUGCUGGGCAUCACCCUGUCGCUGCUGCCCGCCCACUUCAGCAUGGUCGCCAAGGAACGCAUCGACCAAAACUACCUCUCUGGACUGCUCAAAUGGUUUAGAGCAACGUUCACCCUCGACCCCAGUCUUCCCUGUGAGGAGUGUGCAGACCCCCGGGCUCUGUUGGAGAGGCGGCUGACCAGCCUAUCAGCCAGAAACCACCAGGAGAUGACUCAUCUUUUCCUGUUGGCCCUGAGGUCUCUGCAGCUCUUUUGCCGAUUAGUUCUUUCUUUGCAGCCGAUUCCUUUCAAACCCCCAUCAGCAAAGGGUAAGGGAGCUAGAACAUCUGCCAGUGCCUCAGGAAAGAGCCACACAGACCAGGAAACCUCCAAGAUCACCUCUCCUCAGUCAAAGGUCUCUCCUGGCACCAAGAGACCAGCAGGAGGGCUGAAGGCCAAAGGAGCCAGAGGAGGAAAAAGAGCAAAGAAAAAAGAAAUAAAGGAGGAGGGUGAAGAGGAAGAGGAAAAGGCUUUAACAUCUAGAGGACAGAGACCAAAGAACUUGAAACGCCGCAGUGUCGCCUCUAAGGUCAACUACAAGGAGGAGAGCCACAGUGAAGGGGAAGAGGGACUUGGCGAUGAGGAGGAAUUUCAGAUAACCAGUGAGGAGGACAGUGAGGAUUCAGAGAGCGAGGCUAAAUCUACAAAGGGGAAGAUGGGAAAAGGGAAGAGCAAAGCCAAAGUGGCCAACAACAAGAGCACUGUAGCUCCCAAGAGGAGGAGUAGUGGAGAGAAAAACCAGGUAACAGCUGAGGAGGAUAAAGAGCAGCAGGAAGCUGACAGUGGUGAAGAAGGAGAAGGAACGAUGAAUAAGAGAACAGAGCAAAGGAGCGGGAAGAAGAAGGAAGGGCCCGGAGCAGACGAGUGGUUGGAGGUGUAUCUGGAAAAAUCGUCUUCCUGGAUUUGCGUGGACGUGGAGCACGGUGUCAGGAUGCCCCACCUCUGCUCCGAGAACGCAACAGCACCAGUGACAUACGUGGUGUCAGUGGAUGGGGACGGGUUUGUGAAGGACCUGGGAAGGAAAUACGACCCCACCUGGAUGACAUCAUCCAGGAAGAGGCGGGUGGAUGAAGACUGGUGGGAGGAAACACUUGAACCGUUCCUGGGACCCGAGGAUGAGAGGGACAAGAAGGAGGACAAGGAGCUCCAGAAUAAGCUUCUGAACAAGCCCUUACCGACCUCUGUAGUGGAAUAUAAGAACCACCCGCUGUACGCCUUAAAAAGACACAUGCUGAAAUACGAAGCCAUCUACCCUCCAACGGCCACUGUACUGGGAUACUGCAGAGGAGAGCCAGUAUACUCCAGGGACUGUGUGCACACCCUUCACUCCAGAGACACCUGGCUCAAAGAAGCCAGAACUGUCAGACUAGGAGAGGAACCAUAUAAAAUGGUGAGGGGUUUCUCUAAUCGUUCCCGUAAGGCCAGGAUGAUGUCCGAGCUGAAGGAUGAAAAUGAUCUGGCUCUCUUCGGAGAAUGGCAGACGGAACAGUACCAACCUCCUAUAUCUGUGGACGGGAAGGUUCCUCGUAACGACUACGGUAACGUCUACCUGUUUAAGCCCUGUAUGUUACCGGUUGGCUGUGUUCACCUCAGGCUGCCCAAUCUGCACCGCGUGGCCAGGAAGCUGAACCUCGAUGCCGCCCCUGCCGUCACAGGCUUCGACUUCCAUGGAGGAUACUCACACGCUGUGACUGAUGGGUAUAUUGUGUGUGAGGAACACGAGGAGAUUCUCAGAGCCGCCUGGGUCGAAGAACAAGAGCUUCAGAAACAGAAGGAGAGAGAGAAAAGAGAAAAGAGGGUGAUCUCCAACUGGACUCUGCUGGUGAAGGGGCUCCUGAUCAAAGAAAGGCUUAAACAACGCUAUACCAAGAAGAACCAGAGUUCGGGGAGCCUUGCUCAUGGAGAUGACACCACUGGGUUUUCAUCCGAUGAGGAGGUGGGUGAGGGUGGAAGUCCUGGACCUAAGACGGCAUCUGAGACUCUGGCCAUGUCCUGGCCCCAAAACAGACAAACAGAGGAAGAAGGAGUGAGUGCCAGCGGACUGAAGAAAGACACAACAACCAAACGAGAGAAGAGAGGACAGGCGAAACAUCUGUUCCCUUUUGAGAAAGUCUGACACUGGAGAUCGAAAACUCUUUUCAAUUUUGAUAAAUCAAAGCAGUAUCUCAAAAAAGGACUUGGUUGACUGUUCCUGAUAUUUACUUGUUCACAUUCUUUUAAAGCAAGAUAAAAUUUGUUCCAGGUGCAGCAGAUUUGAAAUCAUUUUAGCACAUCUGGUCAGCCCUGGAGGUUUUGGUAGUAACACUACAUAUAAGGACGAGAGGAUGAGGGAAGGAGAGGAGGAAGAAGAAGGAGAGGAAUACUUUACAGUGAACUGAUCUUCAGACUGAUUCUGUUUCUUCCAGUGGUGGUUAUUGUGUGCGUUAAAUCUGCUCCACUAUCAUUGUACAUAAUCCCAGUAUCUUAUAUUGUUAGUUUUUUGUAAGAGAGCUUAAUAAAGUGCCAACACACCAAAGUAGGAAAUAUGCAUCCAGCACAUUGAUAUAGUAUUAUCAGGUGGUCUGGAGAGAACAAACUCAACAUAAAUGUGAGAACAGAGAGGUGUCUUUACAACGUCCUAUGUGGUGUUAAACAUAAGGAUGCACUGCUGUUGAUUUUAUCUAGACAGCUGCGAUACACUCAUGCUUCUUGUAUUCACUGGGUAUACUCCUAAUCCUGACUAGUACACUGCUAGUUAGACCCUGGUGGGCGUAGUUUCCUUUUCAGUUCAGCACACAGAUACAGCACACAUAAUGCAACUUAUGCUGACCAUGCUAUGUAACAGCAGCACUACCAACAAUACAGGCUAACACAUGAAUUGGAAUGAAGACUGCCAACACAUAAAAUUGUUACUAAUUGUUGCCACAGCCUCUCCCAUUACUUGAUACUGUUUCAUUCUAUAUAAAUAGGUUUCCUCAACUUUGCCACUAUGUGACCAGUGACACACCAGCAUGAUGAAUGUAGUGCAGCCGUUGUUACUGGCUUGACUGUUCACUGCGUAACCUGACACCCUGAAAACACAAACAUGUACACUACUAGUCAAAAGUGUGGAAAUCAAAUGGGAAAUUGUGUCUAAACCUUUGACCAGUAGUGUACUGUUCAUUAUACAGCUGAAAAUUUGUAUCUCCAGUUUGUCACAUUUGCCAGGAUAACACAAACAACCAUGAUGUAAUUAUUUGUGGGUUGCAGACAGCUGUCACGUGUGGACCAUGUAACCCUUUUCAUAAGGGUAGAAUGUGAAAAUCACAAACAUCAGUUACGCUGUUUUAUCUUUUCUUAGUUCAUAACUGCUGUCCUGUCUCUGCUUUCUUGUUACGCUGCUAUGGUUCACUUGUUUGACUUGUAUUCUGCUGUAUCAGUUGUCUUGUUCAGCAUCUUUAUCUCACACUCAUCUUUUUCACAUUUUGGUCACUAUUUCACAUCUUAUGGCUGUAUAUGUGUGCAUACACACACACACACACACACACACACACAGAUGAUGGCUGUAUUUAAAGGAGUAAACAAUUUUUGUAUGAUUAGCGUGUUUGUCAGAAAUGUUUAAAUACAAGUAAAAUGCAAAACAACCUAAAUGAAUGCUAUCUUUUUAAAAUAGAAUGUGCUAUCUGCGCUUGUUCCUGUUCAAUUUAUUAGAAUAUUUUUUAUGACACAGUUUUUUUCUCAAAUACAGCAAAAUAGAAAGACUAACUGUCAUUACACAAAUGACCAUAAGAUAUAUUUUUCCAAAGCAGUCACACAGCCUCACUGAAUAAAAACUAUCACUGGUG